AUGGAGAACUGGGCGUUCAUUCGACUUAUGUCGAUUUGCUACCUCGUCGCAGGGGCGUUAUUGACAGUUGGCAUCCAGGUUACCUUAAGGGGCCGAGUCAAGGAAAGUGAACGUAAGGACUUCUAUGUGCUCGUCCUUCUCUUGGUGCCACUCGGCACAUUCUGCCUCUGGUUGCUGUGGAUCUGUAUGUACAUGGCUCAGAUGAAUCCCAUGAUAUCACCCAUCAAACACGUGCACGAGCCAGCCGCAGAGGCCGUCAAACUACCUGCGUAG